AUGAAAUUCCCAGAUUCUUGGUUAAACUCUCUUCCCAGAUUUUGCCACUUACUAGGCCCAAUUAAUGACUUUUUAGCUGAGUAUUCAUAUGAUUCGGCCGAUCAAAUUGUCCUACCAAGUCUUUGUAACGGCUAUAUCGGACUUGAUACUUCAGAACCAUGGGUGUUUCUUGAUGGCAUUUAUUGUGGCGAAGGUGUUCGGAGUCACAGAGCUGCUAUCCCAUCUCCGGUAAAUUGGCUUCCCAUAGUUGAAGGCGAAAUAUGCCAUCGAAACACUGCCUUGUUUCAUUUUGGAAUGGGCAUUCUUGUUCACAUUCAACGCUACACUGGUUUUGACCUGUACACGUCUACCUUCGUUAGUAGGGCUAGACCUCAUCUACUUGUUCGAUCUGUUAAGGCAGUUUUUAGAGAUGGUGGACCCUUCGAUAUUCAUUUUAAACCCGAUAAAGCAAUCGAUUGGACUUCCCCCGACCUCCAAUCAACUGUAGAUGACAUUAAUAAGCUUUUAUGUUAUUCUGGAGAAGUCUACACAAUGGAGGAUUCAAAAUUACUUCGCGAAAAGGAUAGAGUUUUUGUUAUUACAGAAAUCACUCCGUCUUUUAUUGAAAAGGGCGCUGUCUUAACUAGAACCCAGUCGACCCUUACGUACCUCUCCACAUUCAGCCGGGUGUCGAGAGUUGAUGCUCUGGAAGCUUUUGAUAAAGCCAUGCUAAUUCAAACCUCCGACCACCCGGACGGUCUGCUGGAGGAGAACGCAGAGGCCUGGUUGAAUCGGUGGUCCCUGGCACGUAUCACGAUUGUGACACAGCCACCACAACGUCGGGAAGGGAAUACUUCAGAAAUCGAUGAUAAUAUUUGGAGCAGUGGUUCCACAGAUGGCAGGGACUUCCACCUGUCUCGCUGUCUUAUAUCCGCUCAAUAUGCACUCCUCUCAAACUUCCCUGAAUACCUUCCAGAUCGUUUAAUUAUUCCUUCUCUGGAUGGUCCGAGGAAUUCCAAGGAAUGCGAAUUUUUCGGUGUCUGCCCCUCAGGUUUGGGUCGUGGAAAUACUGAGGAUGAUUACAUGGGUCAUACAUUCUGGGACAUGGAUAUCUGGAUGCUGCCGUGGUUGAAUUUGUUCCAUCCAUCUCUCUCCCAACUGGCUCUGAAUUAUCGUUACGCAACCCUCCACAACGCAAAACUACGUGCUAAGCGUGAAGGUUAUCGUGGGGCGCGAUUUGCCUGGGAAAGCGCUAGAACUGGCAAGUCGUCCACUAAGUCCCCUUGGGAUCUGUCCGCAAAUCUAGAGAUCCAUGUCACCGCUAAUGUCUCCAUCGCUAUUCAGAAUUGGCUCUGUCUCAACGUCACUUCAAAUGGAUAUGCCUGGUACGUGAGCAAAGGUCGAAGUAUUCUCAAAUCCAUUGCUGCCUUCUGGGCCUCAAGACUUGAAUAUUCAGAAGAGAGGAAUGCUUACGUUAUCACAGGCGUUAUGCCUCCGGACGAAUACUGCCAUAGUUGUGACAAUUCGGCUUACACCAACGCCGCUGCAUCACUGGCUUUGUCUGGUCCAGCUGUCAUCUCUCGAUUGUUUGGUCAAAAUGUCUCUUCUCAACAGGGCGAUUGGGAGCGUCUCUCCACCCAGAUUUGGAUGCCAUUUGAUGAGGAAGAUGGCGUUAUGCUGGAGUAUGAAGGCUAUAAAAGUGGUACUAUUGUGAAACAAGCAGAUACUGUUUUACUCAGUUAUCCCCUCAUGUAUGAGCAGUCAAGAGAAGCCAAGAUCAAAAUGAUCGAGAAGUAUGCCGCUGUUACUUCGGAUCGUGGACCAGCUAUGACUUGGGCUAUGUUCUUUAUAAGCGCCUUGGAAGUCGGGUUAAUGGAAAGCGCGUUUGGCUACUUUGAUCGGUGUCUUCUCUACUGUAAACCACCUUUUUACGUUUGGUCAGAGCAGUUGGACGAGGUGGGGGCUAAAAACUUUGUAACCGGUUUGGGCGGUUUCCUGCAAGCUAUAACGAAUGGUCUUGUGGGAAUUCGAGUGACCACUCAGUACGCAGGAAAUGGACAACUUGAACCCGUUCUCACCAUUUCUCCAAAGAUGAUUGGUCAAUUUUCCCAGAGAACUCAUUGUGCUGAGGAGAGGUCCAUAUGCACAAGCCUCCAAGUCUAUGGGCUAGCCUUCGCCGGACGCCGAAUCGACAUUGCCUUGGAUGGAUUUUCGAGGAAGAUUAAAUUCACCCUCGUCUCGGGUGCGCCCUUGACUCUCUCCGAAGGUUUCGACGGUGUUUACAAAGCCGUGCUCAAGGAAUGCGUUGAAUUGCCAUUAGAUUCCACAUUUAGGCUAACACCAUCAAAGUCUUUCUAG